AUGGCAAAAAGAAAAUAUAUGUCAAAAGUUGAUGGCAAAAUAAAUGUAGGAGAAAAAUACCAAGCUAAAAUUCCAAAUUUAAUUAUAAGAGAUUAUGAUAAUAAUUUAAAUGUAAAUAAUACAACUGAUAAAGAAGUAAAGUAUUCAAAAGAAACAACAAAGAAAAAAAAAGCAAAAACUGAAAAAAAUGAUGAAUGCUUAUAUAAUUCGAAUAAUGAAAAUACAAAUAAAAUAGAAGAAGAAAUAAGUGAAGUAGAAACAAACGAAGCUGAAUCUAAUGAAAACGAAUAUGAAACAAAUGAAAAUGAAACUAAUGAAAAUAAAAUGGAUGUAAAUAAUUUAGAUAACUAUGAAAAUGAAAACAACACAAACGAAAAGGUAUCUGAUGAAAAUGAAGAAGAAAAUGAAGAAGAAAAUGAGGAAGAAAAUGAAGAAGAAAAUGAAGAAGAAAAUGAAGAAGAAAAUGAAGAAGAAAAUGAAGAAGAAAGUGAAGAAGAAAAUGAAGAGGAAAACGAAGAUGAAAAUGAAGAAGAAAAUGAAGAGGAAAACGAAGAAGAAAGUGAAGAAGAUGGAAUAAAUUUAAAUGGAAAAAAAUAA